AUGUCAUUACUACUAGAUAGCUUACAUGCCUUAACUAAGAAUUACGAUGUGUGUGUUAUUGGUUCAGCUCAUGUUGGUAAAUCAACCUUAAUCCUUCAUUACAUUUAUCAUCAUUUCGACGAAAGUUUAUAUGACUUGGAUGCAGUGUACACCAAAAGAAUAAUCACACCAGAAACAAAUGGUAAAUUCCGGGAGAUAACUAUCUUUGAAAGUGAUUUCCACAUAGAUAUGUACACCAUAACUCGAGAACGACACGUUUUGAACGCUAAUACUAUUGUCUUGGUAUAUGCCAUUGAUGAUUACCAAUCCUUUACUGCAUUAGAAGAUUAUUAUGAAAGAAUCAAUCAACUUAGACCUCUGAUUCCCAUAUCAGUGAUAGCAUCAAAAUUAGAUUUGGAUACGACAAAUAGAGAAGUUUCUUAUUAUGAAGGAGCUGAAUUUGCCAAACGAAUCGGUGCUGUAUCAUUCAAUGAAUGUACUCGUGAAAACGUAAUGGGGGUAAACCAAGCAUUUGAGAGUAUUGCCAAUGUGGCAGUGAAAAUCCAAUUAAGCAAAGAUAAUCCCAUUGAUAAAAUCGAACUGAAAGGCGGCAACGAUCAAAAUUCUAAUAUCACUACUACUCCUGCUACCACCCAAUCGCAAAGUUCAAAUCAUCUGCAACGAUCACUGCAAGAGCUGAUAGUUAUAAGCAAUCUCACACAACAUGAUAAUUUCUCACAUCGAGUCAAUCUGAAUAAAAAGCAAUCUGACAUCGAAGAAAACACUCCAUUAGCAACACUAACUCGCCAAUCGACGACCUUAACCAGUGAUUUAAAUAGUUUUACCCAUAUCCCACAAAAACCAUCUACAUCAUUUCGUCAAAGAAAAGCUCGAUUAAACCAAUCAUCUGGCCCAUCAACAAAUCCCAAUCAGACACAUGCUGAAAAGAAAUGUUGCAUAAUAUCAUAA